CUGGAAUUCAAUUGUAACAAUCAUUAAGGAGCAAAAGAAAUUACAUGAUUUACACUUACUCUUCCGAAAGUUAUUGGAUACUGAAAGACGGGGAAUUUUGACUGUUGAGGGUCAUUAGUCCACAUUGUUCUCAUAUCGGGUUAGCUCUUGCUCCAAUAAGCUGUAGUUUGGUUCCUGCCUAGAGAAUUUGGUGAUCCCCUGCUACUAGAUACGGAAGCCUGUUAAGCGAAAGCUUCUUCUAUUCCGUCCACAACCAUUUGAACUAACCCCAUGGGGUUAGGGGUUAGAUUAAUUUUAAGUCUGUGCUUGUCCACGGUCUUCUCGAAUUCAGUAAACUUUAGGAAAAAGGUUUGAACGUUUUGUUGAGGUUUUUUCGUCAUACUUUAUUACUGACUUUUCAAGCAAUAAUGCUUAGUACAAAUUUUUCUCGCAGAUCAUAUACUCGUAGCGAUGCCGAUUGCUCCAAAUACUUAUCGGGGCGUUUCCCAACCAUCGUGUUUAGCCAAAGUAAAGUUUGGAUUUUUAAUGGGGUUCUGUGUUGGUGUAGCAACUGGUGCUAUAUUCGGCGGAUUCAGUUGUUUGAGAUACGGUUUACGUGGACGUGAAUUGAUUCAAACGGUCGGCAAAGGCAUGUUUCAAGGUGGAGGUACAUUUGGCAUGUUUAUGGCUAUAGGAACUGCCAUCCGUUGUUAAUAAUUUUCUCAUCAGUUUUUUGACAUCUCAAUUCCAUGUAUGCCUUCUUCGAUCUGUUUUGUUCUUCUCAAAUGCAGAAAUGACAUGUAUCUGCUAACAAUCUAUGGUGUGCUAAUGAUGAGGAAACAAUGCUUAGAUUUAGGAGUCAUAGUAUUUUACUAUCUACUUAUCUUUUCUUGUUCCGAACAUUGAUUCGUUUUUAUGUAUGACCAAAUGAUGACUGGAUUUAUUGGGUAUGAAAUAUUUUUUAAAGUUGCUGAUAAGUUUUUUUCAAUAAUCCAUGUACAUAAAUAUACAUUACAUCUUAGUGAUUAA